AUGUCAUCUUUGCCAGGAACGGUCCCGCGGAUGAUGCGCCCGGCUCCCGGACAGAACUAUCCCCGCACCGGAUUCCCUUUGGAAGUGUCCACUCCUCUGGGCCAGGGGCGGGUCAACCAGCUCGGAGGGGUCUUCAUUAACGGCCGGCCGCUGCCCAACCACAUCCGCCACAAAAUAGUAGAGAUGGCCCACCACGGGAUCCGGCCCUGUGUCAUCUCCAGACAGCUGCGGGUCUCCCACGGCUGCGUGUCCAAAAUCCUCUGCCGCUACCAGGAAACCGGCUCCAUCCGGCCUGGAGCGAUCGGAGGCAGCAAACCCAGGCAGGUAGCCACGCCGGACGUGGAGAAGCGCAUAGAGGAGUACAAGCGAGACAACCCCGGCAUGUUCAGCUGGGAGAUCCGGGACAAGCUGCUGAAGGACGGCGUGUGUGACAGAAGCACAGUCCCUUCAGGUGAGGCCUCCUCUGUGAGCUCCAUCAGCCGUGUGCUUCGAGCGCGUUUUGGAAAAAAGGACGAUGAGGACGAGUGUGACAAAAAGGAUGAAGAUGGAGAAAAGAAAACCAAACACAGCAUCGACGGCAUCCUCGGCGACAAAGGCAGCCGGAUGGAUGAGGUGUCAGACGUGGAAUCGGAGCCGGACCUCCCCCUGAAGAGGAAGCAGCGCAGGAGUCGGACCACGUUUACAGCGGAGCAGCUGGAGGAGCUGGAGAAGGCCUUCGAGAGAACACACUACCCCGACAUCUACACCAGGGAGGAGCUAGCCCAGAGAACCAAGCUGACCGAAGCCAGGGUCCAGGUGUGGUUCAGCAAUCGGAGAGCACGGUGGCGAAAACAAGCUGGAGCGAAUCAGCUAGCAGCAUUCAACCACCUGUUGCCAGGUGGAUUUCCUCCAACAGGGAUGCCGACGCUUCCUACGUACCAGCUGCCAGAUUCCAGCUACGCCACCAACACUAUGCCCCAAGACGGCGGUGCUACAGUCCACCGUCCUCAGCCGUUACCUCCCUCGACCAUGCACCAGAGUGGUCUUUCCAGCACUGACAGCAGCUCCGCGUACGGCCUGGCCUCCAACCGCCACAGCUUUUCCAGCUACUCCGACUCCUUCAUGAGCUCCGCAGCACCCAGCAACCACGUCAACCCCGUCAGCAAUGGACUCUCCCCACAGGUGAUGAGCAUCCUGAGUAACCCCAGCGGUGUUUCCUCACAGCAACAGCACGACUUCUCCAUCUCGCCGCUCCACAGCGCCCUGGACUCUUCCCCGUCCAACACCAUCUCAGCCAGCUGCAGCCAGCGUUCAGCCGAGUCAUCCAUCAAAACGGUGGACAGCCUCCCGUCGUCCCAGUCCUACUGCCCCCCCACAUACAGCACCACCAGCUACAGCAUGGACCCUGCCGUUGCUGCAGCUGGAUACCAGUACAGUCAGUAUGGCCAGACAGCAGUGGAUUACCUGGCAAAGAACGUCGGCCUGUCCAGUCAGCGCAGGAUGAAGCUGGCCGACCACUCGGCCGUACUCGGACUGCUGCAGGUCGAGACCGGCCAGGCCUACUAG